AUGCCCAAGGCCACCAGCUCGCGCGCCGCCGCGGCCCGCCGCCACAACCCUUUGGCGGAAGAUAUUACGUCCGCGGGGCAACUCCGGGCCCAGUCUAACAAGAAGGGCAAGAGUCGAUCGCAGGGUGAGGAGGAGGAGGGCGAAAAUGGACAACGCUUUAUCGAUGCUAAGAUGUCCCGCAAGAUCUUGCAGAUUGGUCAGGAAUUGGCGGACGAGGAUGAGGCCGAAACGAAGCGCGCCAAGGGUGCAGGCGAGACCAUGCCGAACCCUGCCUUUGAUUUUGAUGCCCGAUUGGAUGAGCAGGAGAUGGAGGCUCUUUCUGAUGACGAGAACGCCAAUUAUGAGAAUGAUGAGUGGCUUGAUGACGAUGUGGAGAACGCUGAGGUUGAUCCCAAUGAUCUCGACUUGUUCAAUAAGUUCAUGCCAGGCGACCAUGAAGAAGACCCGAUCUUCCACCCCCGAGACCCCAAUGCUGCUGGCCAGACUACCAACCUUGCCGAUUUGAUUUUGGAGAAGAUUGCUGAGCACGAAGCCAGACAGGCCGGCAUUGAGACUGGUGGCCCAAAGAUCCAGGGUGGUGGACUGGCUGAGGAUGCUGUUCAGAUCCCUGCUAAGGCUGUGGAAGUUUAUGAGAAGGUCGGCAUGAUUCUCUCUCGUUACAAGUCCGGACCCCUCCCCAAGCCCUUCAAGAUUCUCCCAUCCGUGCCAAACUGGCCGACCCUUCUCGACAUCACCCACCCCGAGAACUGGACCGGUAACGCCAUCUACGCCGGAACCCGCAUCUUCAUCUCCUCCAAGCCCCACGUGGCGCAAGAGUUCAUUUCCACCGUCCUCCUGGAACGAGUCCGCGAAGAGAUCCACGAGACCAAGAAACUAAACGUCCACACCUACAACGCCCUGCGCAAAGCUCUUUAUAAACCCGCUUGUUUCUUCAAGGGUCUGCUCUUCCCCCUCGUCCAGAGCGGCACCUGCUCCCUCCGCGAAGCCCACAUCGUCUCCUCCGUCAUUGCUCGCGUCUCCAUCCCCGUCCUGCACUCCGCCGCAGCUCUUCUCCGCAUGUGCGACCUGGCCGCAGAACAGUCCAUGCGCUCGCUGGAAGCCACCGGUGCCGUGAACACCUUCAUCCGAGUCUUCCUGGAAAAGAAGUACGCUCUUCCAUACAAGGUCAUUGACGCCCUGGUCUUCCACUUCAUGCGCUUCCGCACCGACAACGACACCAGCAUGGGCGAUGGUCCUGGCAGUGCCAAGGCUUAUAAGCUCCCCGUUCUGUGGCACCAGUCUCUGCUCGUAUUUGCCCAGCGUUACCGCAACGAUAUCACCGAGGAUCAGCGUGAGGCUCUGCUGGAUCUUCUUCUGGUCCGGGGACACAAGGAUAUUGGUCCUGAGGUUCGUCGGGAAUUGCUCGCUGGUCGUGGUCGUGGUGUUGUGAUGCCCGACCCGGAGGCGCAGAAUGCUAUCGACGCUGGUGAUGAUACGAUGGAUGUGACUAUGUAA